GAGUCUUAACCUCUACAUACCCAAACUUGAAUUUAAAUUUUGUUUCUGCAUAUAAUUUUGACUCCAUGUUCCUACAUACCAUUUUAAUGUCGGAAGUUGGGAAGGUGUUUCGACAGUAUUUUUUUUGUUAUAACUGCUGAUUUUUGGGUCAACUAGGCUUCUCUCUUCCGAGUAAAGCCUAGGAGGAAUAUAAUAACUUCCGUUCUUAUUUAUUCUAAGAACAUCAUCAACUUCAAGAUGUUAUACAUAUUCCAUGUAGAUACCGGUCGGAUGAUGACCUUUGAUAUGAAUUUGGCAUUAGAGAGUGUGUCUCUUCUAAAAGAAAUGAUACAAAAAACGUGCAAUAUUCCACAAAAUACUCAAGUGCUUUUGGUUAGUGGUGGAGAAGUCUUGAUCGACAACAAUCGUGUUUGCAGCUAUUCGGCUGGCACUGACACUAAUCCUAUAUAUAUGUUUAGUACUUCUAUCAUAGAUGAUACAAUACCACCGGAACCAAGUGUUGAUUAUGGGCAAGAUCGUGAUCUUAGUGAGGAAGUAGAAUCUUGCAUGUCUCUUCCGCCAACAUACAGCACUGUUGUCACGCGGGUACAGUUAGCUCAGCGCUUUUAUGAAUUGGCUAGAGAGCAGGAAAGAGUAUGUCAAAAAUUAGUUCAUGAUCAACAUUUGCAACAACAAGGCUGGGCCGCUGUUGUUGCUAAUAUGGAAGAUAUUACAGAAGAAUUCACGGAACGUGCAGCUAAUUUUAAUAAAAAUUUUGCAGAACAUUUGGAGAAAAGGGAAACCUAUUUAAAAUUCUUGUCACACUUUCGAAAUGAUCUGGAUACCUUAUCACGAAUACCAAUAUUACCUGCGCUAGCUGUUAAUUGUAAAGAACCCUUCACAGCAUUUGAUGAAGUACUUGCUGAUAAAGAAUCGUUCAGUAGCCCUGAACAAGAUGCAACUCAUGAUGCUGAGCAAGAUAUUUCUAAAGAUGAUGAAAAUAUUAGUGAGGAGAGACAGGAAGUUUUGCAAGAGGAUCAACAAAAAACUAAAGAAGCUGUAACGUUACUUCAUUGGAUAGCUGCUAAAGAAAACCAAAAAUCUUUGGAACGAAUUGCAAUUCAAUGCACUAAGGGUUUAGAUCUUUUUGAUGAUGAGAUUCUAAAUUCUAUGAGAGUUGAGUGCAAAAAUGCAGUAGAUAAAGCACAUCAGCCAGGUAUGAGAGAAAUUAAAGGCUUAGGUGAUCGUUUGUUUGGUUUAGAACAACUAAUGCAAGAAACAAAACGAUGUGUGCAAGAACAGAGAGAAUUAGCGCAAGCAUUUUUAGCUAAUCAAAAUAGAGCAAGUCAUUUAGGUGAUACUUCAAUCUUGCCCGAUUUGUGUAUGUCACAUCAGAGACAAUUAAAAGUAAUGCUAUCGAACCAUCAACAAUUGAGAGAUAUUAGAAGGCGAUGUACCAAGGCAAAAGAAGAACUUGGCUUAAAUUUAUACCAUAGAUUAAAAUGGAUUGUUUAUGUUGAAAAUCGGAUGUUCGAAGCUGACAACCGACUCAUGUUUUACCAUAGAUCAUUAAAUAGAUUACAAAGGCACUUGAGUAUAGUUGAACAAAUUCAUCAAGCUCCCAGUAUGUAUAUGCAAGCUAUUAACGAGGUUGUUCGAAGGCGUACAUUUUCUCAGGCCUUUCUAGUGUGGGCUUCUGAUCUCGCCUGCCAUUUAUUGACCAUACAUAAUGAAGAAGUGAUGAGGAGACAAGAAUUUUCAACCAUGUUUGAAGGUCAUUUUCUCAAUGCCUUAUUUCCUGGAAUGGAAGAUUUACCACCGUCAUUUGCCACAAGAGCACCUUCUAUAUUUGACACGGGUUUGCCAAAAAUUACUCAAGCUGAUGUUCAACAUCUUGGAACAUUGCACCCCGAUUUAGUACUAGAGAGUUCUUUACCUGAUUUAACUUCAGUUCUCAAUUUCUUUUUAGCCAGAUCUGGCACUGCAAAAUCGCAAGAUAAAUCUGGAACUGUUGAAGAAAGAUUAGCGACUGUAGCAGAUGCAGCAGGAUUAAGCACUAAUUUGAUUUGUACUCCAGAAAAUAUUACAGAACAGACUGUAGGAUUUCUCACAACAUAUGCACAACAUCAGCAUCUCAAAGAUUUUGAACGGGGUUUUGAAUCAGAAACUGAUACUGAAGAAUUUGAAAAGGUUGGCCAAAGUCCUAUUGACUGUCAAAUAUCCCAAAAACAUGCCAGCACAUCUAUUGAUAACUCGAGACUUACAGCAGAAAACUCAACUUUGACAGAGGAAAAUCUUAGCACAACAGCGGUGGAAGUCAGUAAUAUUAAGCAAUUGCUGCAGAACUUAUCUUGUUUAAGUAGUGACUCUUUAACUCAGUUGCGCUAUCAAUUGUCCCUAAUGAAAUCUGAAAUAGAAGACGAACGUAAAACCUUUCAAGUGCAAUAUGAUACCUUAUUAAAUACAUGGCAGGAUUAUAAAACCAGUGUGGAUCUUAGUGAAAGAGAAAAAAUUCAAAGACUUACAGUAGAUCAUGAACUAGAACAAAAUGAUAUCAAAAACAUUGUGAUAAAUAAGGAUGAAGAAAUUAUGUCUCUUAAAAAUGAACGUGCAGCUUUGGAUGUGCAAAUGAUGCAAAGUGUUUUGGACCAUACAAGAGAAAAAGAUUCAUUAGUUAAAACUAUCAGUGAUUUGAAAACUGAAAUAGAGAAAUUAAAUCAUAUGUUAUCUGAAGCAGAAAAUAUUAAGCAACAAGCUUUGAAAGAAAUGCAAGAAAAAUUAAUUCAUGAUUAUAAAACUGAAAUGGAAAGCUUAAGGUGUCGUUUUCGUUUGAUGACCUUUACAAAUAUGGAGAGAUCACCUUCUGACACCAGUUUAGAAAAAAUAGAAAGGACGGAUAUGAUAGAAAUCGCAAAUCAUGAAGCUAUUUUGCUUCAAACAAAAGAAGAUAUGCUUUUAGAGAAGGAAAAAGCAAUACAAGAAGCCAUUGAGAAAGAAAGACUUACUUGGGAAGCCAAAUUUGCAACUCAAGGAAGUAGAAAUAUUCCUUUUGAAUCCUUGAAUACUGAAAAUGUAGAUAUUGACGUAGUACAAUUAUUAAAAGAAAAAGAAAAGCAGAUUGAUGAAUUCAGGGAACGUGAAGUUUUGUUAGAAAAAGAAUGUUUGAAGUACAAAGAAACUAUACAAAAAUUAGCUGAAAGCACUGUUGGUUCGGUAUUUGUAUCAGCCAGUGAAGACAUUAGAGAAGUUUGUAACAUGGAACUAUUUGACAAAGCAAAGCGUCCAAAUGUUUUGGAUUUAAAUGCUUCAGUGGCCGUCAUGUCAGUGGAGGCGUCUACAAAAGAUGUUGCUACAUCACCAGUUGUAAGAAGUUCUAAACAUAAACCUCUUACGUCAAGUCAAACUUCUUUAGUUCAAUCAGGUCGCAUAAAUAUAGCUUCUUGUUCAAUUGGUGAUCAUGUGCUGAUUGUUUGGAACUCACAACAUGGCUGUUAUACAAUAUUACAGGAGUCUUCUACUAUGUAUUUCUUACAUUCGGAUAGCAUCAAUGCACUGAAUUUAAAACCUGCUUCAGAUGGUACACCGAAAAAGGACUAUUGCACUGGAGAAGUGGAAGAUAAAGAAUAUUGCCAUGCUAAGAAAGAUGAAAACCGUUAUAAAGUGCCUAAAGGGACUAGAUUUUAUCGGGUGAAGGUAAAGCCAAUAUCAAGCAAGUGUGAUCAACAUCUGAGUCGCUCGUGCUGCUAUCACUCACCACAUCACAGUAAAAAAGAGUCUAGAAGUUAUGCAACAUCACCUUCAGGUUCUUCUGAGAGUUGCUCUAAACAGACUACUACAGCUGGUGUUAAUGUUGAAACCCAAACUGCAUUAGUUCAGGAUUCUUCAAAAGGAAAUGAUCUUUUAACUUUUGAUAAACAAGACACUUCAGAAAGUUCUCAAAAAGCUGAAGUGGACUCUGCUGAAAUUCGACCCAGUUGUUCAUUUGAUGACUCAGCUGCACACUGAGAGAAGUAUUGCAGCUAUGUAUAAUAAAAAAAAGGUCUGUUAGUUUAUUGCAUUGACAUUCGCUUUUGUGAUUAUUAUAUGAUAUAUUAUUCUUAUAGGUUUAAGAUAGUAUAGACAGGAAGGCUAUUAAAUAGUUUUUACUUUUUCUAAAUUAAUUAUUUCAUUUUUCAAUCUGGAUAAAGACCGGAUAUUCAGAUAUAUUUUAAUUUGGUUUUGGAUAUUGAACCAAACUUUGUUUGAUCUUCUCAGUU